CCGGGCGGGGGGCGGGACUCCGGGUUAAGCACGGUUGGGUGCACUCCGAACAGCGAGUCGGGGCAAGAAACUUUUUUUGUGUGUGUAACUUUCGUGAAUUGUCAAGAGACAAAAAGCAUGCACACGGUUGAAUGUAGAGCGACGCUAUAAAGUUUGUAACGUCUCUCAAAAGGAGAGUUUCGUGAAGUAGCGCUAACGGGUCGCUCUACUAGCAUGUCGAGCUAACGAAGCUAACAGCAACAGCUCGCUAACCUCCGCUCACGUUAACUUAUUCCUCACAAUUUAUUAGCUCAUAAUUCACUCAUAAUUUAACUCGGACGGAAGCCAAAGUUUACAGUUUAUAACACGCGAAGCUAAAAGUUGCCCCAAAGUGAGUUAGCGGUUGGGUCUGUCUCGUUUCACCUGCCUGUCUGGCAGGUACAACAACGCCUCUUUAAAAAGCGCUCUUCCCAUUGGACAGCGCGUCGCUGACUCCGCCCUGCACAGGUGUGGCUGUGUGGAGCUCAACGUGCAGGUGUACGCUGCAUAUGUACUAUUGACAUUGCCAUUAUUGCCAUUAUCAUGAUCUCCUUUGACAUUUAGAAACUUGAAUGGAGCCCUUUAUUCUUCCAUAAAGACGAGACGGCAUGUUUAAUAUGCGAAUAUAAUGCGUGUGAAAAAGAAAGAAAGUAUGACAGGUCAUAGAUCAUGACUGCCUUCUGUUGUGCUGCAGGUAACUGAGCCUGUGACUUGGAGAGCGAGAGAGAGAGAGAGAGUGACACCAGGAUGCGACGACUACAGUAGCAACGCUGUGCCAGAAGUGAGGAGAAUCUUUCACCCCUCUGCUGCAUUUGGACCCGCUGCUCAUCUUUUGGUCGCAGUUUGACAAGAAGACAAACCUCUCCUGCAGCAGAGCCCAGAUAUAUAUAAUAUAUAUAUAUAUAUAAUGACGAAUUGAAAACUCGCUGAAUCAAUGGACAAGAGGAAGUACCCCGGCACGAUGUCCAGGCAAGUGGAUGCGUCAUCCAAAAGACGCCCUUACGGUGGAGGCGGGUUGCCUCAGCCGCCGCCCUCCUCCUCCUCCUCCUCCUCCUCCCUCCGGCAGGGUCGCGUCCGCGCCGUGGAGGUGGCGAGAGGACGGUCGGGGUACGGCUUCACGCUGGCGGGCCAAGGGCCGUGCGUCCUCAGCUGCGUCCUCAAAGGCAGCCCCGCCGACCACGUGGGCCUGCGCUCGGGCGACCGCGUCCUCUCCGUCAACGACGCCGACGUCUCCGAGGCGUCGCACGAAGACGUGGUCAAGCUGAUCGGGCGCUGCUCCGGCGUCCUGAAGCUGGUCGUCGCCGAAGUGGAACGUCACAGGCGGCAACAUCAACAACAACAACAACAACAACGCGCCGCCCCGAGUCGUCACCAGAGCAGCAGCAGCGCGAUGGCGGCUUCCUGGCCGGACUCGUGCUCGAGCGACGACGAGUUGGACGCUUUCUACGACGACGGCGCGAACAACAACGGCGGCGGCAGGUCGGGCUGCGGGGCCCGCGGCGGGUGGUACAAACCCAAACUGGAUUCUAAGCAGCUGGGCAUCAACCGGGCGGAGAAGGUCGUGGCGGAGCUGCAGUCCGGAGGGAUUUUCAACAUGAUCUUCGAGAACUCCAGCCAGUCCUCCAGCAGCUCGGACAAGGACCGGCCCGGACCCGGCGGCUCGAAGGCGCCGCGGCCGCUCUCCGAGCCGGAGUUCCCCCUGUAUCGGAACGCCUCCGGAUCCCGGAGCGACCCCAACCUGCUCUCCGAGGAGGAGAUGGCCCGAGUUCUGAGCGACGACUCGGUCUUCCUGGAGGCGGACUUCCGCCACCUCCACCUGCAGCACGAAGAAGAGCCGGACCUGGACGACGUGGGAGACUUGGGCCUGGAGCCCGGCGAAGGCAUCCUCAACGCGGGCAUGGUCGUCGGCUACCUGGGCUCCAUCGAGCUGGCGUCCAUCGGGGCGAGCUUGGAGAGCGACAGCCUGCAGGCCAUCAGGUGCAGCAUGAGGCGCCUCCGGGCCGAGCAGAAGGUCCACUCGCUGGUUCUGAUGAAGGUGAUGCACGACAGCGUGCGUCUCUGCAGUGACAGAGGUCAGGUUCUGGCCACCUACCCUGCAGAGAAACUGGCCUUCAGCGCCUGUUGCCCCGACGACCGUCGGUUCUUCGGCCUGGUGACGAUGCAGGCGACCGACGACCACGACGACUGUCACUUCAGCAACGGGCGAGACGAAGAGGGCGGUUUGAGGACUUCCUGUCACGUGUUCAUCGUGGACCCCGAUCUCUGUCACCACCAGGUCCAUUCGGGUGUCGCCAGGCGCUUUGGCUUCGACUGCACCCCCGACCCCGACACGGGCGGCUGCCUGGAGUUCCCUCCCAGCUCGCAGCCCCUCCUCCAGUUCGUCUCCGUCCUCUACCGGGACAUGGGGGACAACAUCGAGGGGGUCCGCGCCCGGGCCUUCCACGACCCGGACAACGACGCCCAGCAGAACCACAGCACCAGCAGCAACAGCGACAGCGGCAUCGGCAACUUCCUGCCGGAGGAGAAGAGCAGCAACCGGGUGCUUCUGGUGGAUCUGGGAGGGCCCCCGAACCACAGCCACGCCUCGGGGCCACGCCACUGGGACAGCCCGCCUUCGUCCCAGCAGGCCUGGAGCCCCACCCUCGGAGCCGCCGCCGCCGGCCCCCACCCGCCUCCUCCUCUCAGGAAUGGCCACUACCGUCACGAGCCGCACCCGGCUGACCUCCCCCACCCUCUCCCCGACGGCGCCGGCAGGCACUCUCGAGGAGUCCACUCGCACCACUACUCGCCGGGGAAGCGGGGAGGAGCUGCAGGGGGAGGAGGAGAAAAGAAGGGAGGAGGAGGAGGUACAGGGGUAGAGCCGCAACGGUGGCUGCCAGUCCACGUGCUGAGAGACUGGCGCCAGCAGCAGCACCACGGCCUCCACCUCCAAGGCCUGAGCAGCGACCAGGAGUCCUAUGCCGAGUCCACCGACGGGUGGUCAUCAGCCAACUGCAGCACCCUGCCUCCACCCAUGAGCAAGAUCCCCGCCGACCGCUACCGGGCCCCACUGGCCCCCGGGGACCACCUGCCGCCGCCGCCGCCUCCGCCUCCUCCUCCUCCUCCUCCACCCCCGCAGCCCCACUCCCACGCCCACCGGCUGGCCGCGCAGAAAGAUGAGUGGGCAAAGAGGCUCUUCGGGGAGCGAGCCGGGGCGGAGAGGGCCGAGCGAGGGAAGAAGCGAGGGAACGCAAAAGAGGGAGAGAAAAAGGGUGGGCGGUUCAGGGGUCUCACCAUGGGCUUCCCUCCUCUCCCCCAGCGCUCCUCCGCCAGACGCUCCUUCGGACGCUCUAAACGCCUCAGCAUGGCCCGCUCCCUGGACGACCUGGAGUCCACGGCAGUCUCCGAUGGAGAGCUCAACAGCGUGGAGCUGCAGGGCUGCACCAGCGACAACAGCCUGAACAGCAAUGCCAGCCUGCCGAGCGUCCAGAGCCACCGGCGCCACACCGAGAGGCGGGUGGCCAGCUGGGCCGCCUGCUUCGAGAGGCUGCUGCAGGACCCCGUGGGGGUCCGCUACUUCUCGGAGUUCCUGAAGAAAGAGUUCAGCGAGGAGAACAUCCUGUUCUGGCAGGCGUGCGAGUUCUUCAGCCACGUGCCCGAGAAUGACAAGAAGCAGCUCUCUCAGCGUGCCAGGGAGAUCUACAACAGCUUCCUGUCCAGCAAGGCCACCACGCCGGUCAACAUCGACAGUCAAGCGCAGCUCGCCGACGACAUCCUCAACGCCCCCCGACCCGACAUGUUCAAGGAGCAGCAGCAGCAGAUCUUCAACCUGAUGAAGUUCGACAGCUACACGCGGUUCCUCAAGUCUCUGCUGUACCAGGAGUGCAUGCUGGCCGAGGUGGAGGGGCGGCCGCUGCCCGACCCCUACCACGUCCCCAGCAGCCCCACCUCCAAGCACAGCACCACCGGCUCCGACCGCUCCAACCUGUCCACGCCCAAGAAGGAGGACAAAAACAGCAAGUCGGGCCGGUCUUUGAACGAGGACGACUCGGGGGAGCGGAGGAAAGGAAUGUUCUUCUCCUGGUCCCGCAACAGGAGCUUCGGCAAAGGCUCGAAGAAGCGCGAGCUGACCGACUUCAACUCCAAUAUCUCCGACAGCAAUGGUCGCCGUGAGUCCCAGGGGUCGCUGUCGUCGGGAGCCAGCCUGGAGCUGGGGACGUCGGCGAGGCCCGAGGCCGAUGUUCCCCGCGGCGGCGGCGGCGGCGGCUCGGUGCCGGCGGAGUGCGGCGCCCCCUUGAGGCAGUGUAGCAUCAGUCUGCCGGACGGCUCGUGCUGCUCGGUGCCUCUGAGGGCCGGAGUGUCCAUCAGGGACCUGCUGCUGGGCCUCUGCGAGAAGCUCUGCAUCAACCUGGCGGCCAUCGACCUCUUCCUGGUCGGAGGGGAGAAGCCACUUGUUUUAGACCAGGACUGUCUGACGCUGUGCUCUCGGGACCUCCGACUCGAAAAACGCACUCUCUUCAGACUCGACUUGGUCCCCAUUAACCGCUCGGUGGGCCUGAAAGCCAAACCCACCAAGCCCGUCACCGAGGUCCUCCGGCCCGUGGUGGCCAAAUACGGCCUGCACCUCGCUGACUUGGUGGCACGCAUUAGCGGAGAGCUGGAGCCAUUGGAUCUAGGUCUUCCUAUAUCUAACCUGGAUGGGCUGCGAGUGGUAUUAGAUCUUGCGGAAAACAUCCCUGGAAAAGACAAACAGAAGGCGGCCCCCUCCAAGGGCCUCGUGGCCCCGGCCUCGACGAGCAGAAACCAAUCGACACCCGGGGAGAACGGGCCGUCAGGGACAGCCGGUUCAGGCCCCCGCACCCCCCCCCACGGGGGAAAUGGCCGGGCCGGGCCCCCCGGUCCUGACGCGAGCAGCAAGCCCGUCUUACCCGACCACUCUGUCUCUCUCCAUAAGGCGCCGGAGAAAAGAAAGCAGAAAAAGAUUAAUAUAGAUGAAGCUGAAGAGUUCUUCGACCUAAUAUCCAAAGCCCAGAGCAACCGGGCGGAUGACCAGCGAGGCCUCCUCAACAAGAGCGACCUGCAGCUCCCGGACUUCCUGCGCCUGUCGCCGGCGGCCCCUCCCCCCUACGCCUCCGACAGUGGCAGCUUGCCCAGCAGCCAAGGUCGCCGGGGCAACAAGGCGAACGGCAACGACAGGGGCGGCGGCGGCGGCGGCGGCGGCCACUUGCUCAACGCCAGCCGUCAGUCCCAGAGCUUGGACUCUGCGUUGGGCACCGAGGGCGGAGGGGCGAGGAGAGGCAGACCCCACCCCCCUCCUCCCCCUCCUCCCCCUCCCCUGUUUCCUGGCACCGUCUCGCCCGUCCGCCCGGCCCGCGGGGGGGAAGCGGUCCAGAUGCCGGAGGAGGACGCGCUGUCCGAUCUGACUCUGGUGGGCGAGGGGGACAUCAACAGCCCCCGCCUCAACUACGUCACUCCCUCGGCCCUCGAGUGCACAGCCCACCCCCAACAACAACAACAACAAGCACAGGGCGGUCAGCCGAGCUCAGGUACCUCCCCCAUGUGA